UGUCUUGCACCAAACCCGGAUGUGGGGCUAAGUGAUAAAUAUUGAUUAUUUCCCCCAUCUCGUUACCGUGGGCGGUGCGGGGCUCAGUUCAGCACCACAACGAAAGACAGCUCCGCAGGAAAGCUUGUCGAGCAAGGGGCUGCCUUCCCUGCUGCGUAGGCGAAUGCACAUAACGUGGCGCCCUUUCCUUGAGAUUAGGAACACCUGACAGAGAUUUUGACGUUAUCGUGGAAGAUUUCCUGGGACAGCCAAGGCGUGCACCUCUCUGUGCUGGAUAGCGAUGGCGGAGUGCGGGCGAAAGGCGCUGUCCCUGCUCGAGGCGGCCCGUUCUCGGUAUGAGAGCUUACAGAUUUCCGACGAUGUUUUUGGAGAGUCGGGAGAUGACAGUAGCGAGAACCCAUUUUACAGCACCUCAGCCGAUUCGAACUCCGAGAACUACACGUCGGAAAGCUACAGCGAUGAACAGCGGGCUGGAGACUUCAGCAGCAACCAGCCCGGCUGCCCGACCGGUUCGAUGUCAAACUGCCAGGCGGAAGAUGAAGACUGGAGCGACAACUUGCGAGAAAUUACUGUUCGCCCUUACAGUGAAACCAGCGGACCAUGCCAAAAAAUGCCAGCUACUGCAAGUGCCAUUGAUUUUUUUCAACUGUUUGUUCCAGACAAUGUCAUACAGAAUAUGGUUACUCAAACAAACAUGUAUGCAAAGAAAUACCAGGAGAGGUUUGGAAAAGACGAAGGCUGGAUCAAUGUCACAUUGUCUGAAAUGAAAGCGUUCCUAGGCUAUGUUACUUCCACAAGUAUUCACCACUGCGAGUCUGUGCUCAGCAUCUGGAGUAGUGGAUUUUAUAGCAACAAGACCAUAGCAUUAAUCAUGACCCAAAGCAGAUUUGAGAAGAUCCUGAAAUACUUCCAUAUUGUUGCAUUCCGAUCCAGCCAGACAACUCAUGGGCUUUAUAAGAUUCAACCAUUUUUGGAUUCACUUCAGCAGUCUUUUGAAUCCACAUUUAGACCUUCACAAACCCAGGUGCUACAUGAACCAUUGAUUGAUGAGGAUCCAGUUUUCAUUACAACAUGUACAGAACGGGAAUUAAGGAAAAGGAAAAAGAGGAAAUUUAGUCUGUGGGUACGGCAGUGCACGGCGACAGGCUUUAUUUGUCAGAUUUACGUACACCUGAAAGAGGGAACCAACAUUGAUGCAGUUGAUGCAUUAAAGAACAAACCUCAGCUUCACAGCUUUGUAGCAAAACAGCUUUGUCAGAGUCUUUCUGGAAAGAAUGCUGUCAUAUUUACGGGUCCCAGUAUCACCAGCCUCAACUUGUUUGAAGAGUUUGAGAAGCAAGAAAUAUACUGCUGUGGGUUGCUCAGUACUAGAAAAAGCGACUGCACAGGCCUUCCUCCAUCAAUGUUAACCAACCCUGAUGUGCCACAAGUGAGAGGGCAAUACAAGACUAAAAUGAAAGGGAGCAUGUCCCUAAUUUGCUGGUAUAACAAAGGUUAUUUUCGUUUUCUCACCAAUGCCUAUUCUCCAAAAAAACAAGGAGUUAUCAUCAAGAGAAAAAGUGGAGAGAUCCCCUGCCCUCUUGCUGUUGAAGCCUUUGCAGCACAUCUCAGUUAUAUCUGCAAGUACGAUGAUAAAUACAGCAAAUAUUUCAUUUUCCACAAACCGAACAAGACUUGGCAACAGGUAUUCUGGUUGACAAUAAGCAUAGCUAUUAAUAAUGCCUACAUCUUGUAUAAGAUGUCAGAUGCCUACCAUGUGAAGCGUUACAGCAGAGCCCAGUUUGGUGAACGACUAGUAAGAGAACUUCUUGGACUGGAGGACUGCUCUCCCACUCAGUGAAGAGCUGCUAGGAAACUAAAGGAUUUGUUUAUGAGAUUACUAGAUUUCUUUAAAAGCUCUGGAAAACUGUAUAUAACUUGAAGGUUGGCACUACACGGACCAAAAUUAAGGUGUUCUAAGUAAAGAAUGCAGUUCUUCCAAGUGUGAUAACAUUUCUAUUAAGCUGGAUGCAAGACAAGUACUGUACUUUACCCUGUCCACUCAACAUAAAUAUAGUAUACUGUAUGUCUUGUUGCAUGGCAAAAAGAAAAUUCUAGAAAUAUCCUAUUUUUUAUAUGCUUUUUUAAAAAUACUUUACUUUUCUCUGUUAUUAUUUGUCCUAAACAUAGGCAAGACUUUUGUUUCCUGUAAUUUCUCAUAAUAAAAGAUAAAAUUAGUACAGUUUAAGACAUUCUCAGACCUGGUCUAGGUGAGUACCUGUCCAGAAAAGCCCAUAAAGGUCAUCCUAAAUGAAGUGGUUAUUCAUUGUUUAGGCUAGCAGCACACUCAAAGAAGGGUAUCCUAAUAUUUAAAUAUCUUUUUAUCAAGUGGAAAAGAAGUUUUCACCUUUAGUUAACUACACCAUUUAAAAUAUCACAUAAAAUUAUGAAAACAUCUAAUUGUAUCUAUAAGAGGGUGCUCGCUCUCUGGAAGUUCAGUUCAUUUAACUAGUAAUCAGAUAAAAAGAAAGUAAAACGCUAUACAAUUGUCCAUUUGCCUAGUUUCAAUGCUGAAGGAAAGUAGAACACUUUGAAAAAAGUUUUACUGUUCAUGGUUAAUCAAUAAGUAAAGCUGAAAGGAGAUCACGGAGAAACUGCAGAACUCAGUAGGUUCCAAGUAAGACGAGAGUUAGGGCAUUUUUUUUAUGAAGUACUUCUCUUCCAUCUUUUGCCUGCUGGCACAUUUCCUAUUUUUUUAGGAUUUUCUUACACUCUGUUUUAUAGUUUUCAGAGAUCUUUAAGAUCGAUUCAGACAGUCAGAUACAGACACACUUUAAAAUUAACAUACAUGAAUUUUUUUUUCCUAUUGGAAAGAGUAUCCAAUCUCUCAUUUCAUAUAAAUUAAAACGCAAAUUAAAAGUUACUAAGAUGUUGCUGGCAUAGUCCAUCCUGCACGAGCCUGUUUGAAUUCCAUACAUGUUUCCAGCAAAGAGCUUUGAGCAUGGAAGAUGCUAUAUAAAUAAAAUACAUCCCCAGAGAUGUUCAGAUUUGGUGAAGUGGCAACUGUACAUUGCUCUCGUGUGAAUGUGAAAAAAGGUGUAUGUAAGUGAGUAAUGCAAUGGAUUGCCUUGUGCCUGAUGAGCUCCUGCAUCCCUUAAUUGGAUUAUGUAGGUUUAAGAAUAUUAUGAGAAUGUUAAAAACACAUCAAGCACGGUCCAUUCAUAUAAAAUGGCUAUGUUCACAAACUUUAGUUGUGCACUAAACAAAGAAGUUGCCAGAAAAAGUCAAAGUUAAAAGAUAAUAACAUUGCAUCAAAAACAUUGACUACUGUCUUAAUUAAUGACGGAAAACCAUUCUUGUUUAGUUUGGUGCAGGGUCAUGGCGGGUUAGAGCCUGUUCCAGCAGCACUGGGCACAAGGGUGAAACUCAGUUUAGAGCUUGAGAGUGCCGUACUAUCACACACCCACACUCAUUAAAGUGGAGUGAAUUUAGAAUUGCCGAAUCAAACUAACCACAAUACAACACAACAAAUCAUAGCUGUCACAGAAGACUCUGAAGAAACCAGCAGGGAACCCCUACAGGUCGUGACUGGGUUGGGAGCCAAUCCCAAGACUGUGGAGCUGUGAUGUGGCAACACAACUGUACACCUCCAUGAUACAUCAAAAGAACAAAUACCCUCUUGAAGGACAACUAAUAUAAUGUGAAAAACAGAAGGCAUAGAUAUGAGCAUCUAUAUUUAAACAAUAGUCUUCUGUCAGUCCAGCAUGGGUCUACAGUAGGUGGUGUAUUCCUGGGUUGCCUGCCCUUUACUUUCAGGCCUGAGGGCAAUGGUAGAGACUCUUGUGUGUUUUUCAGUGCCUUCCCCAUUGUUCAGUCUUGCUCAUGUCAACAUUCCUGGAGUAUUCACUAAAGUCGGGACCCUUUCUCUAUAGGCAUGAACUUUUCAGGUCAGGGAGGAUGUCACAUUUGCCUGACUUAAUUCCUGUUUCUCUCGCUGCUGUGGUGUCACUCCCUGGUUCUACCCUGAUUCAUUUAGUAGGCUACUCUUUGGCACUAUAUACCGUUCAACGUAAAAUAAUUGAAGACAUUAAAUAGAAUAGAAUAAUCUAGUCACCCACAGCCCUGAAGCAGAUUAAGGAGAAUUAAUAAUAAAUAAAUGAACUAACUUACUCAGCACAAUAUUCUAUGCAAAUCUUACAUGAAAUAAAUACUAAUAUAUGAGAAACCUUUUUUCACCGACAGAUGUUUACUCAGUUUGUUUUUUCUUCUUUUUGUUUUUUGUUUUUAACUUUAAAUGGCUGAAUAUUUGCUGAUGUUGUGUUUGCUCAUUACCGUCUGUAACCGAAUGUUUCCCUUUUUUCCUGAAAAGGACUGGAAUUGCAUGAGGUUUUUCCAUAUUUUUACAGAGAUCUAAUUGUUGUUAUCUAUAAUGGAUUUUUACAAAUAGUUAAUUAAUUUCUAGGUGAUGAUCAACUUAAUAUAGUAUAGCCCAUGAAGUACUGUAUAUAUAGAGAAAAUGUGGAUCUUAAUGCGAGUGACAGCUGAGUGUCACUGUAGUUCUUUUAUAUAGUGGCUGAGACUGACAGGUGUACUUAAGGUCACAAUCAUCAAACAUUUAAUGCCAAUCAGAACCAAAUGAUACAAUAAAAUGGAUGCUUUCUUCAGCUUCAGAAGUAAAUUAAGAUAAAAGUUGAGCCAACAGUAUAAAUUGCUUUUGGGCAAAAAACAGAUGUCUCAUUACUCCUCUUUUUUCCAAUUAGCUAUUCAUUAACUAAGCAAAAAUGGCAAAAAUGUGUAUAAAUAAAGCAACAAGUCUUGUUCUUAAAAUAUGAAAGGCAUAUUUGCUUAGCAUUUUAUUGAAUAUUGCACAUAUUAUCAGAAAUUUUAUAUUAAUAUUAGGCCAUGCACUUUUUCACUUCAGUGUUCUUUAGAGUGAUACUUAACUAUUUGAAAAGAAUAUAUUAUCCAAUACAAGGCAUGUUUAAAUGUCAAAGUUAUAAUUUGUCUUAUAAUUUGUCUAUAAACAGAAAGCAUCCACUGAAAACACUGAAUUUCUCAUAGUUUAAAGAUGCACACAGCUUUUAGAAGCAGGAGGUGACCUACAUUUUCUGAAUGUGUGUUUUCCCAGGCCAGGAAUGAGAAAUGUAAUAUUUUUGAAAGAAAUUCACCAAUUGUACACAAGUGUUUAUUAGGUGGUAUGAGCUGUGAAGUACAGCCAAUCCUUUCAUACACGGAAGAUUAAUUUGCAUCAAAAGAAGUCAGAUGUGACUAAUAUGCUUUUGUUUAUCAGAGUCAAGUGAUUUAAAUUAUUCCUACUCCAAAACAUUUCCUUCACAUUUCUAAAAGCUGUAUCAUGAAAUUGUUAAAACAUGUAGCACACAGAAAAAAAAUGUUGUAUGAUAUGUUAACAGCUAAUGCAGUAAGAAAAUCAGUAUGCCUCACUUGCAGAAUUCUUUAUGAAAUGUAUCACUUUGCUGCCUUUGACUGUGUAAAAUGGGACUGCUCAUUGUUUGUAAACAUCUUUUAAAUGCAUAAUUUAAAAAUUUUUAAAUGCAAUUUAAAUAAUAUUACAAGAAAUGUAAGCAUAUUGCUGUCUUGGACCCCAAAUCUGAUUUCUGCCUGGGGUGCCUUAUGUGUGGAGAUUGCAUGUUCUUCCUGUAUUCAUGUCCGUUUCCUCUGGGUAACUCUGGCUUCCUCCCACACUCCAUAGAUAUCCUGUUAAUUAACCUGAAAGCUCUAAAAUGACGGGGUAAGAAAAAACUAAUAUGCCAUAUGAUCAAUUAGCAUACCAUCCAGGGCAGAGCUAGUUCCUUCCUUACAACAAUUGCUGCCUUCCUUUGUCAUGUCAUGUCAUUUUUCUAACCCGCUUAAUCCAGCCCAGGGUCACUUUGGCUGGUGUGGGGCUGGGGCCCAGCUAGCAUAGGGUGCAAGUGCCUGCCUUUGUUCAAAAACAAACUUCUGACAUACUAUAAAAACUUUAAUUAGAAGGUAUUCCAAUUAUGUGGUAAAACAGUGAAUCAUUGGCAUGAAUAGUGGUAGAAGGGUAUAUUAUUUUUAUUAUACUAGCUGUGCUGUCCAUUUAAGACAGGUUGAAAUCUAAAUAAUCAAC